GUGUCGUUGUUCGUGAAUCUUCGUGCUCGCUCGGGACUUUCCGUGAGUUCCCGAUUAGAGAGUCGUGCCGCAGUUUCGUCCUUGCUCGCGUUGUUGUUGUCUGCGGUGACGCGGCGGAGGUGUACCCUGACGCGGGCUCUUACGUGUCGGACUGAAUAAAAAGUGGAGCUCCGGAGGCCCGGGAGUGACGCGAGAACAGAGAGCGAGUAAGCGAGUCCGUGACCGGGCAGGUCGUGCUAACCAAGUCCACCUCGUUUUCCCACUGCGGCUUUUCUAAAUGACCAUGGACGCAGGAGCAGACGUGCAGCAGGGCAGCGAGACCGCUGUCUCCGAGACAGAUACGCAGCAGAUUGCCACCCUGGCACAGGUUUCCAUGGCAGCGGGCCAAGCCUCAGCCACCGGGCCCACCGUCACGCUGGUGCAGCUGCCUAACGGUCAGACGGUGCAGGUUCACGGGGUGAUCCAGGCCGCUCAGCCGUCCGUCAUCCAGUCUCCCCAGGUCCAAACCGUACAGGUGAGACAGGCGAGACUUCCUGCAUUGCUGCAUUCCUGCAGGGCUGUUUUUUUUUUUUUCUCACUGACUGACUCUCACCCCCCCCCCCCCCCCAUUUGCUCUCAGAUCUCCACCAUUGCUGAGAGCGAGGACUCGCAGGAGUCAGUUGACAGUGUGACAGACACCCAGAAAAGAAGGGAGAUCCUCUCCAGGCGGCCCUCAUACAGAAAAAUCUUAAACGAUCUGUCCUCGGACACUCCGGCCGUGCCUCGGAUAGAGGAGGAGAAAAACGAAGAGGAAUCGGCACAAGCCAUAACUACGGUCACCGUGCCCACCCCCAUUUACCAGACCAGCAGUGGACAGUACAUCGCCAUCACACAAGGCGGAGCCAUCCAGCUAGCCAAUAACGGCACAGACGGUGUUCAAGGCCUGCAGACUCUGACGAUGACAAACACAGCAGGGGCCCAGUCAGGCGCCACCAUCCUGCAGUACGCUCAGACCAGUGACGGCCAGCAGAUCCUGGUGCCCAGUAACCAAGUGGUGGUGCAGGCUGCGUCCGGCGACGUGCAGGCGUAUCAGAUCCGCACAGCGACAUCAGGCACCAUCACUCCCGGAGUGGUGAUGACAUCAGGUCAGGGAGGUGCAGAGGAAGCCACACGCAAGAGAGAGGUCCGCCUCAUGAAGAACAGGGAGGCAGCGCGGGAGUGCCGUCGCAAGAAAAAGGAAUACGUGAAGUGUCUGGAGAAUCGCGUGGCUGUGCUGGAAAACCAGAACAAAACCCUCAUCGAGGAGCUGAAAGCACUUAAGGACUUGUACUGUCACAAAUCAGAAUAACACACACACACACACACACACAGCAGACAUAUUGCGCUUUUCCCCAGGUCCUUUUGAGACAGUGACUCUUUCUCUUACACCGGCACCUGGGCAGCAGUCUUUUCUUUUUCGUAUCUGUCUUUUUUUCUUCCUUUUUUAAAAAAAAAAAGAUAUCGGCCUAUAAGAUCUGAGCAACUCUUCAAAUCGAAUGCCUUUAUUGUGUUCUGUAUUAAAAAAAAAGUCAAGAGCACCUCGUGACACGUAAAACUCCAGAGCGAACCAACAGACGUGUUAACGAGGCAACGCAGACGCAAAAACACUCGACUGCUUCACCGCGGUCACGAUUUCAAUCAGCCGGUUCCCACGAUGCACCGUGUCGGAUGGCCACGCCUCUCUUCAAUCACGCUGACUUUUCGGGAGGCGCCGCUCGUCUGAUAUCACCAAGUGGGACUUCAGUGAAUUAACAAGACAACUGUUGGAAUUUCUCUCUGCUUAGGUUACUAACACAUGAACCCUAUUUUGAUAUGGAAAUUCUAUGGAACAUGUAUGUAAAUGCUUCAAUUAUGGGUUGUUUUACCAUUUAACCUGCAGCUUGGCUUCUUUCUUUCGCCUGCGGCGUCGUCGCAUUCUUUGCAUUACAAGAAACGGGACGUCCGAUCUUUCCAAAUCCGAAUAGUUGUACGCUUUUCAAUCCAAGAGCUACGCUUGUAAAGCUAUUUUUAUCGUCCAUUGUAACACAUUUAAUCAUUCACGCCAGUUUUUAUUCUCAAGUUCAUCGUGUUAGGGAUCCAUUCUUAUCCAUUUCAUCUAACGGGACCCAAUCCUACAACACUCUGUGCUGGAAUCUGUUUCAUUUUUAUACUCGCGACGAUUUUGCUUUAUACCUACGACUGGGAUUUUAAAAACGAAUCCUAGAUUAAAAACAAAACAAAACAGGCAGCUUUGUACCUGUAUCUAGCUCUCAGUGCUGAAAUGAAAACCCAUAUUAUCUUAUGUUUCUGCCAUUGAAUGUAGCCAUCUGAAACAAUAUUAUAUGCAUCCUAUUUUUAAAUCUGCUUCUUUUUUUUCUUUUUCUUUUUUUUUUUUUUUUUUUUUUUGUCAUUUUCUGUAUGCGUUGUAAUUUUAAUUAUGUGUUACAUACACACAUGGAAUACAGUGAGUAACUGCCUCCUGGAGCCGGUUUUCUUCCAGCCAUCA